GCUAACUGUGAGUUGAGGCUGCGCACGCGCAUAACGCGAUCAUGCGCGAGUUACCGGCCGCCGUCGCAAGCGUUGUGAGUGAAAAGUGUUUUGUGUAGUGUGUGUCGUCGAAAUAGUGCAGUGUGUGAUGGCUGGUAACAUGAAAAGACUCGGUUUAUAUUUAAGAACAUUUUUAUUGUUAAUAUGGACCCUCUGCAGAGGGGGCGACGGUUACUCCUGCCCUUACGGUCAGAACUGCUACUUCGAGCCUGCGCCCCCCGGCAGGGCUCCGUCCUGCGCCCAGCCAGGCCUCACCUACUGCUUGUACCCUCAGCCCUAUCCAGAGCAAAUAAUUAGGAAGCUAAUAGACGCCGGCCAAUACGACAUAAGGACUCUUCUCUCAGACGAAAGCAGAGACGAUUUCAGCUCGAACAAGAAGAACGACUACCCUUACGGCUACGGUCCCAACUCACUGCCCCACGUGGACCAGAUCUCGUUGGUCAAUGACCCUGUGUUCCCCAAGAAUUAUAAUAAGUUUCAUAAUAGAUAUAACCCGCUUGAUAUUUACGACUCAAAAACACCUCUACAGCCUCCAUCGCCCGUAGAUCCAUCGCCGUACAAUAUCAAUACAUAUCAGUCUUCGAAUUUCACAAAAUUCGGCUUCCAAGGCUACCAGACUUCCUCGCCUAACUUCUGGAACGUUGGACGCAACCAUUUCAAUGAUUAUGACAAGAAACUGUACAGACAAAGCGGUUUGAACCCUAAUUUGGGAUUUGAGCAGGGUUACAACCCUAAUAUGUAUGACUAUGAUUCGUCUAAUUGGUUCCGCCAAGCGGCCACAGGGGUGACACAUUACAAUCCAAAUGAAUGGUGGAAAUACGUAUCACCGUCCCGUGCCGACGUCACUGUCCAGCGUUCUAUCACAUUCCCGACCAGGUCUUCCACCAUCAGGUCCAGGAAACGCCGCAACGCGAAGCUGGUCAGCGAGUCGGCGAAGCGGACUCUCACCGGGGCCGAAGCUCUGAGGAUAGCUUUGGGAUUGGCCAGUGCCGAAACGGCAGCAGAGCGCCCGCGCCGCCAAACAGCGAACACAGUCGACCUCUGCCGCAUACGAACGCAGUACAUCACGCCCCGGGCGGCUCUCAACAACAAGGGCAACUGGCGGUAUGUGGUCAACAUGCCUGAUAACAUGACGCAGUUAGUGAGAGCUGAGAUUUGCGCAUCGACUGAAUGCAAUGGACUCUGCACACUACCGGCAGGAUACAGCUCGCGUUGUGAACAAAAAUAUAUUCAAAAACGAUUAGUUGCUCUUGAAUCCAGCGGGCAAAACCUCUACACGGACUUAUUUUGGAUACCCAGCUGUUGUCAAUGUACUAUUGUAGCAAAUAAUAAUAGUUAGUAAACAAUUUGUGAUCCCAUGAAAUGGGUUAUUAGAUGUUGUAGUUCUCCUAUUCGCUACAAGAUGGCGCGACUUAACAAUAAAUAAAAUACUUCCACUGCCUUUAUGAUUAAUUCAUAAAAUAAUUUUAAAUUUUAACACUGUUUUUAACAUAACAUUUUAAUUUAAUAAAGAUGGCGCCACUAUCUCAUGUAGGAUUGAAAAGAGGCUUUAUUUGUAUUAAUUAAAUUAACGGUGUUUUUUUAUAAAAUUAGUCUUUGUGAAACAUAUUAGAUAUAAAUAAUAUAAAAUGGGUUAAAUAAGAAAUAAAUUAGUCCCGAAGGAGGUUUAUUAAAAUAGGCAAGUGCUGCUAAAUAUGGAUUCCUAAUUUUUCGACAUUGCACAAUUUUAUAAAGUAUUAAUGUCUAGACUAAGAAAACUAUGUAAAUAUUAGGUCUAGCCAAACGCGAUUGUAUACUUAAUUAAUUUAAUUAUAAUGACAUAAUUUCAUAUCAUGUUAACAUUUUUUAAAAUUUCUUCAAUAGUUCCCGAUUCUUUUUAUAUUCUGUAGAUACAAUUUUAAUUCUUGUAUAAUUAUUUUUUUUUAUUUUCUUAAUAAUCUGUUCUAACAAGUUUCCUUUGAUAAAGAAGAAAUAAUACAAUUUAAAUGGCUUUAUCUAUCAAAUAAUCGAAUUACAAGAUAAUUUCAUAGACAGUUGUAUGAAGUAGCCAUCUUUUUACGAAGUAAUUUUGCUAAUUCCUACUGAAUAGAAAAAAGCGGGCCAAUAAUGGUCAAAAUAUCUAGAUUAUUUUACAACUUCGUAUGUUCUUCUUUAACUUUCUAACAACUAAAUACACCACUAGACCAAUUAUGAUGACAUCUUUAAGGUACAGUUCGAAAACCAAAUGUAUUUAAAUGACCUAAAAAAAUAAGUUUUCUUCUCUUAAAUAUGUUUAUUUUUCAAACGUGAUUGUUAAUAUUUUUUAAUUAACAAAACCGAACGCAAAUUGUCUGCUCUCAACAGUAAAUAUAAUAAUUUAUCUGUGACAAA